AUGCGCGGACCAUUCAGCCUAAUGCGUCUGUCGUCUCUGUUGACCGUGCUGCAAGUGACGGUCGGCAAGGUGGAGAUCGAGGAGCUGCACGUGCCGAGGUACGUGCUCCGCGGCCGGGAUGUGCGCCUGGCCUGCCAGUACACUGCGCUCGGUACGCGGCUGUACGCCGUCAAGUGGUACAAGGACAAGGCCGAGUUCUACCGCUUCCUGCCGCAGAACGACCCGCCGCAGAAGACGUUCACCGUAACCGGCUUUACGGUCGACAUGGGGCUGUCGGAUGCCAACGCGGUGCAGCUGCGUCGCCUGACUCCCGAAGCCACGGACAGCUACAUGUGCGAGGUGAUCUCCGAGACACCAGAGUUCUGGACGGACCAUCGGCGGCGCAAUCUCACCGUCGUCGACGUGCCGGAAGAGCGGCCAUCGAUAUCAGGCCAUCUGCCGUCGUACCGCCUGGGCGACCGGCUGCGCGUGAACUGCAGCUCGGGCCCGGCCAUGCCGGCGCCCCACCUGACCUGGUUUAUCAAUGGCGAAGAGGUUGGCCCUCACCUCAUUCGCGCUUACCAGCUCAGCGUCUCCGAAUACCUGAAGUCGUCCGUGCUACAGCUCGUCUCGGAGGUGCGGCACAACUUCUUCCGGGACGGCAUCAUGAAGUUGAAGUGUACCAGCGCCAUCGGCGAAAAGUACUGGCAAAGCACGGAGACGCUGAUUGGCCAGCUGGGUGACCCGCGGCGCGGGACGCCGAGCCAGCUGGCGGGUCGGGCAGGCGGGCGGCCGCCUACUCGGAGGGUUUCUGCCGGACUGCUGCUGCUGUCACUGCUGCUGUGAACUCCCCUGAUCGGCGACACUGCCCUGUGCCGUAGGCGGCCCUCGCGUGCUCAACUAGUGAUCCCUGCGGACGUGCUGGGACCUGUUGUAGGGGUAGGAGCUGAGUGUGUGGCAGCGCGCUUCGUAAGACCCUGUUCAGACGUGGUGUGUGGCAGCAGCGAGGGCGUGGUUCGAAACGGUCGCUGUUGCCGCUGUAAUAUCGUUGUCAUGGGCAUGCUAGCUUUGCUUCACAGGUGCCCUGUGCGCGCCUAUCUCCAGCAUGCGUUAAGGUAUGGUUAUGUUGCGCGCCGUGAUGCAUUGGAUGUUGGCAUUUAUUGCACCCCAAAAUGUUUCUGUGGGUAAAAAGCGUCAUCGACGCAGCAAGAAGGAUCAAUUUUUCAAGUCAAAUGUUAUAAUGUUGUGUGAUUCGUUUGUGCAUCAGCGCACUCGUUCUACGGUUGUAUCAUAACACAACAAACAUUCGUCGCUAGUACCGUGUGCUACCGAAA